GGAAAACCCAAAAACGCGCCACAGGUCGAGGCAGAUCCUUCAACGAUGUCGCGUCGAUCAAGCAGAGCAAGUGGAAGCGGCGGUAGAAGUGAUGCGCUCAAUGAGAUUCGGCGUCUCCGGGAGGCCAAACUGAAUGGAAGAGACGAAGACGACGAUGGCGCGGGCGUCAAGAAGGUUAGUCGCAUUGAGACGUACAAUGCCAAGGAGGGUAGCAUCUACCAAGAACUGAACGAAGACGAGUACAACGAUUUGGUUCGAAAACGUCGCGAGGAACUGCCUUUUGUCGAGGAUGACGAAGGCGGGAUGGGGUAUUACGACGACGGCGAAGAGCAGUACUUCGAAGACGACGGCGAUUUGGACGAAGAGGUCGUGGACCCCGACGACGACGUGGACCCGAACAACAAGAAGCGACAGAGCUCCGGGGCAUUGUCCAGUGCGUAUGUGAAGCGAGCCAAGCGCAACCAACGCGCCAAGCUUGGCACGGGCACCGACCAGAAGAUCACGCACAUGUUUUUCUCUAAGUCCAGCGAAAAGCCGAGAAGUGCCCCCGCUGCUGCCGCAUCCUCUCGACAUGCGAAACAAGAUAUCGACCUGGAUAGCAUGUUGGACGACUUGACCAGCAACCCCCUCGACGCAUCGCUAUCUCGCGCACGAAAGCCGCCCGUGUUUCCUUCCAGUCGAAGCGCCACUUCAUCGCAACAUGUUUCGUCUUCUGAUCGCCAAUUCAUGCAGGAAUACCGCCCCAGUGCUACCACCACGACCGAACGCGACGACACGGACGACGUACAGGACGGCGUCGACAAUGGCUACGAAUUCGACGACGAUGCCGCCGUGGCCCCAGUCGACCCAUCGAAUGAUGGAAACGUUUCGUCACCACUAGCUGCACCACCGACCCAGGACGUGGCGGCGGUAGCGCAACCUUAUGUCAGCAAGCGCGACCUGCUGCUCAAAAAGGCGAGAGAAAGUCGCGUCGAGGCCUCCGCAGCCACAGAACGCGCGUUGAACUCCAGCUCUGUCCCGUUUGUGGGCGAGAAACCCGUGGAUGAUGUCGUGGACUCUGUUCCGUCGAAUCAAGUGGGCGAGUGGUGGAACCCGACCAACGACGCGGAGGUCGACACCAUCGACACAUCCACAGCCGCCGACGGGGAAGCUCCUGCUUUGAACGACGACCUGCAACUGUUUUGGACCGAUGCCGUCGAAGUGCGCGAUCGACCUGGGAAAUUGUACUUGAUCGGCAAGACCAAGGACGCGCAAGGAGGAGGGUUUAAAAGUUGCUGUGUGAUUGUCAACAACUUGCAGCGAUACUUGUACGUUGUGCCGCGCGUUCCAGACCAACACAAGGACACGUACAGCACCAUGGGAGACAUGCCCAAGGACAUCCAGCAACAGCUGUGGAUGAAUAUGCACAAGGACAUCAGCUCCCUGCUCAUCCCGUCGUGCAUCACCGACCGCAAAGACCAGCAGACAUUCCGAACCAAGCUUGUCGACCGCAACUAUGCAUUCGACUUGCCUGACCUGCCUCGGGGUAAGAACACGUACUUGAAGGUCAAGUACCCCGCGCGGUAUGCUGCCCCGCAUGCCGACGUGUGCGCCAAGGGGGGUCCGUCGUUCGUGCGCAUCUGCGGCGCGUCCGUCCGGCCAUUGGAGACGUUUCUCAUCCGGCGCAAGCUGCUGGGGCCAGGCUGGUUGCGCAUCUCGGGCGCCCAGCGUGUGACAACCAACCACCAAAGCUACUGCAAAGUCGAGUACGAAACAGCCAGCCCCGUCCACGUCGUGCCUAUCCAUGGCAUCCCGUCGCCGCCGCUGACUGUGCUCAGCUUGAGCAUCAAAACGUGCUGCAACCCGCACUCGCACAAGCACGAAGUGGUGGCGUUCUCGGCCGUGACGGAGACCAACAUCAACCCCGAAGGCGGGAGCAAGGGCAAGGGCAAGAUCUCCCACUUCUCGGGCAUCCGGCCCUUCCUGGCGGACGGCCACCAGCGGUUCCCCGAGUCGUAUGGCCCGAACGCGCUAGCCAACGAUCGGUUCCGGGCGCCGCAGUCCCUGAGCAUUGAAAUGAACGAAAAGGCGCUGCUCAACUUUCUCUUGGCGCGGGUUCAGCGUGAAGAUCCGGACGUGAUCGUCGGCCACAACCUGCAGGGGUACACCCUGGACGUGCUCAUGUCUCGCAUGGACAACUUCAAGAUGGGCGGCAUGUGGUCGCGGCUCACGCGGCUGCGGCGGGGGCUGCUGGCACCCCUCAAUCAAGGCGAGGGCUGGAACGAGUACCGAUUGGACGACAUGUCGAACGGCCGGCUGUUUUGCGAUACAUUUGUGUCUGCCAAGGAGCUAUUGACGUCGCAGUCGACGUACUCGCUGUCCCAUCUCGUGUCGACGCAGCUUCAAAAGACGCGAGUGGAAGUGGAAUCCACCGACAUUCCGGCCAUCUUGUCGUCCGGGCCCGAUAACUUUGUCAAGUUCAUCCACCACACGCUGGACGACGCCAUGUUUGUGCUGCACUUGAUGCACAAGCUGGAGGUGAUCCCAUUGACCAAGCAACUGGCCAACUUGUGCGGGUACCUCUGGACACGCACGCUGCAAGCCAACAAGCGCGCCGAACGUAUCGAGUAUUUGCUUUUGCACGAAUUUGACCGAUCGAAACACAAGUUUAUCGUGCCUGAAAAGUUCCGGGACUCCAAACAAUCGUCCAAGUCUGUGGGCAAAAAGAAGCGCGAGCCCGCGGGGUACGCUGGCGGCAUGGUGUUUGCACCCAAGAAGGGUCUAUAUGACAACUUUGUUGUGCUGUUGGAUUUUAACAGUUUGUACCCGUCCAUCAUCCGCGAAUACAACAUUUGCUUUACGACCGUGGAACGAAGUACGUUGAAUGCCACCAAGGACGCGGGUCCAGCCCGUCGGAAAACCAACUUGGACGACGACGACGACGACGAAGAUGUCGAUGAGGUGCUGGUCAAGGCAGAGAGCGACGUGCCGGCGCUCCCGAGCUCGUCGUGUGCCGAGGGGGUCCUGCCCCAAGUGAUCAAGCGGCUGCUCGAGUCGCGCAAACUCGUCAAGCAACAGCUCAAGGCAGAACUCAAGGCAGGCAAUAUCGAGAAAAGCCAAACACUCGACAUUCGGCAAAAAGCCAUCAAGCUCACGGCCAACUCCAUGUACGGGUGCCUCGGGUUCCGGUACUCGCGGUUCUACGCCCGACCAAUUGCCGCCCUCAUCACGUCCACGGGUCGGCAAACCCUCCAGCGAGCUCAAGAGGUGGCGGAACAAGAGUGCGGGUACGAUGUCAUUUACGGCGACACGGACUCGAUCAUGGUGGACUCUCGAAGCGACCAGCUCGAACAUGCCAAACGUAUCGGCCGCGAGAUUCAAAUCCAAUGCAACAAACACUUCAAACUGCUCGAGCUCGAAGUCGACUACAUCUUCAAGACCAUCUUGCUGCUCAACAAGAAGAAAUACGCGUCGCUCGUGGUCAAAGAGACCAAUGAUGGAGUUGUGACGUACGAAAAGGAAGUCAAAGGACUGGACAUGGUGCGGCGAGACUGGUGCGUGCUGUCCAAGGUCGUGGGGAACGUCGUGCUGGACUUGAUCUUGUCGGGCAUCGGACGAGACGAAGUCGUGGAGAAGAUCCACGAACACUUGCAAACUGUCGGCGAAAACAUGCGCACUGGCAAGGAGCCAAUCAGUCAAUAUGUUAUCACCAAGAGCUUGAACAAGGCGCCGGAACAGUACCCUGACAAAGCCAAACAAUACCACGUUCAAGUGGCGUUGGCGCUGCGAAGCCAAGGAAAAGCCAUCGGCGUGGGGACACACAUUCCGUACGUGCUUUGCAAAGAAGAGGAAGCGGGGAGCCUCCGCCGGGCGUACCACCCGGACGAAGUCACGCGAUCGCACGGAAAGCUCAACAUUGACAUCGAAUGGUACUUGGAAGCUCAGAUCCAUCCGCCCGUGAACCGCCUGUGCGCGCACAUCGACGGCACGUCCAGUCCCCAGCUCGCACAAUGUUUGGGGUUGGACACGUCCAAGUUUUCUCACUCGGUGCAAAACGUGGGCGACGACGAAGUCGACGUGAUCCCGAGCGUCCUCCAGCACGACUCGGACCGAUUCAAGUCGUGCACGCCACUUCGAUUAACGUGCCUCAAGUGCGGCCAAGAAAACGCGUUUGAGGGGGUGUAUGCAUCCCGGGCGUCGCGGUAUUCGUCGGGGCUGCUCUGUCCGAACGCAGCUUGCAGUGCCAUCUUCUGGGGCUACGACCAGCGCGGUCUGUACGGCCAAGUGGGCGAUGAUUUCGCGUCGUUGGUGUCGAAUCGGAUGCAUCUGGCCAUUCGAGACUGCACACGACGGUACUACCAAGGAUGGGUCGUGUGCACCGAGGGGCUGUGCAGCUCCCGCACGCAGAAACAGUCGCUUCGUGGGCGGCGGGGGGACGCGUGUUCGGUUACGGGGUGCCGCGGAACAGUGUGCAUGGAGUACUCGGACAGCGCGCUGUACACGCAGUUAAAGUACUACGAAUCGCUCGUGGAUGUGAACCAUGCCCUGGACAACAUUCAAAAGGAAAAUGCACGCCAGCCAGGUCAAGAGAUCACCGUCGGCGCCCUCUCCGACUCGCACCGAGACUUGUUUGCGAAGCUGUGCGUGCAAAUUCGAGAGACGAUCGAUCGCAACGAUUACAACUGGGUCAAGCCAUCCAUGUGGACGUCGCUGUUUUCCUAAGUGUAUAUAUAUAUAUACUACCAUAAAUAUAGUAAUAUAUAUUUCG